AUGCCUCGUGGUCGUGGUAGAGGUCGUGGUCGAGGUCGUGGUCGUGGUCGGGGACGCGGUGGUGGUGGUCGUGCCACCUUGGCCACAGAGAGAAGCGCCUACGAAGUUGGGGACGCUCCCCUUCGUUCACCGAGCAGCCUCCCAGAUAAAGGCACCGCUGCUGAGGCGGUCCUGUUCUCUCCCUCAUCCAGGCGUGGACGUGGGCGGGGUGGGAACGUGCGAGGUGGGCGUGGUCGAGGUCGCGGCGGCCGCGGUGGCCGCGGUGGUCGUGGUCAGGCAGCGCCGCUCGCGCACUCCGCCUCGGAAGGCGCACUUCCGUCAGACGCCGCCACUUUUGUUUCGGCCACCACCACGGCGACGUCUUCGGACGUGCAGCAGCAGCAACAGCAGUCUCUAACGCCGUCGCCGCCCGUCGUGGUGGUGGUGCCGCAGGGUCGAAUGAUUACACGAUCUCUCCUGCGCGUUGCCUCGUCGCUCUCGCUGGACGAUCUUACGGACAUCCAACGCCGACGAUCUUCUCUCGUCGCAGGAGAAGAGCGCACGCGGGUCGGCGCUGCGGCAAAAGCGGCGGUGGCCGCCGCCACAUCAGACAGCCCGCCCUCACCGUCGCUGAGGGGGCACCAUCACCUCCUGUCUGCGUCCUCAUCGACGUCCGUGACGCUUGGGUCGUGCUCGGACUCCCCCGCCAUUGCCCCCGUUGCCGCCUCUGCUGCCUCGUGGUCCUCCUCAACCACCACUACCGCGGUUGCUGGCGGUGGCCCGUCCUCGUCCACGCAGCGCGUCAUCGUCGGCGGCCUACUGCGGUGUGUCUGCAACGCGUUUCUUGUCUCUCCCAGCGAGACGCUGAUGGAGUGUUCGCGGUGCCGCAACUGGUGCCACCCCGCCUGUGUCGGCGUCGACGUCGAGGACCUGCGCGUGUAUCAGCGUCAGCGCAACUACAUGUGUCCCUUCUGCGCCCCGCCCAGCAAAACCCCGCAGGUGGAGAGAGACACCGACGUGACUGCCCGCUACGUCGACGCCUUCCCUGCGGAGCCUUUACAGCAGCAGCAGCAGCAGCCACCUCCAACCUCCGUCACGACCCCGCUUGGCGAGACGAUUCCCUUCGUGUGCAGUCCAAGCAGUCCAGGUCCGCCGCCGCUCUCCAACACCUUCACGGGCAGCGCAGGAACACCUCACAACGGCAGCCGUCGCAGUCCGCAGACACCCACCGCGUCGCCGAUCAUCGCUGGCGUGGCCACCGCCUCCCCCGCCUCUUCCGCCUUUCCCCUUGCGAGCCGUCAACCCCCCGCAACGCGGCAGCUGGCGCUGAAGCUGCGUGAUGUGCCCGACGAACGCCCGCCGGCAGCCACUGCUCAAGGCCUCGAAGACCUGCUGCGGAUACUGGAGCAAACCGCCGAUGAGCUGGGUUACGGAGUCGUCCACCUGCCUGCGUACCAGCUCACAGAUGUGCAGAUGGACGAGUGCAUGGGGUGUUGCACCGAGGCGAUACGCGAGGCCACCUUCUCCGCCGAAUACCCCGUCUACUGCCUAAAGGAGGUGCAGCAGCACCGCCACCCUUACGUGCAAGGCACGGCCCUGCAGUCCAAGGAGGAUGGCAUCAUCUGCUCCUUUGUGCUGUCCAACGGCAAGGACUUGUACGGCAACAUGAAGAGCACCAUCACCCAGAUGAAGAGCGCCCUGCAGCGCGGUUUCCUCAACCCGGCAGACGUGUCGACCUUCAUGGCGCACUGCAUGACCAUCACGGACGUCUCCGACUUUGUGCACAUCACCCUCAGCGCCACGCACACCAAAUAUCAGCGUAAAGGACUCGCUCGGCUGCUGAUGGCGAUGGAGCUGCUGAAGUGGGCGCUGCGUGGGCGCACUCGCGCCUUCUUAAACAUGGCGAUUGAGAAGCACCUCGUGGACGGCGACACACGCAUCGAGUUUGCCUCCCCUGCGGCGUCGCGGCACCUAUACGAGUCCUUUGGUUUUGUGGACGUCUUCCCCCGCUACGACCCCGUCACGAAGAAGGAGCGGUGGACGGCGAAGGAGGCGGACAUGGGUCGGGUUAUGGCCAACGUGAGCUUUGUGGAGGAUGUGCAGCGCGUUGCGGCGGCGCUUCCUGCGAAGCACCACUCGCAGCGUCGUCACAACAGCGGCGGCAGCAGCAGUAGCAUCGUCCGAAACGGCAUGCACAACGCGGAGGACCUUAACAGCUCGGCAGGGACGGCUGCCCUCCGGCUGAAGAUGCAGGCGAGUACGCAGGGGGGGGACAAGAACGAGGAUGACACCUCGUCCUUUAUCAAUGCGGCGGGAGCGUCCUCUGCUCGAGCAAGUCUUCGCGCGCAGCCGACCGCCACGCCUGAUCUCGCCUUUCCUGUCGACGGUAGCCGCACUUCGCUGAAGCGGCAUCGCAGCGGUAGUCCCGUGAAAAACGCUGUCAGCUGA